CUUCACUAAUUCUGUUAAAGUUGAAACGGUUUUAUUGGCCGGCUAUUUAUGUAUUCCGUUCUAGCGUAACGACUAACGAAUUUAUUUAGCUUGUUAAAAACAAACAAUUGUGACGGUUAACGCACAUGCAUGAUAUGAUACACGCGUAAUAGCUAAUAAAUACUGUAAUAUCUUUAUAAAGUGAGUUUGCAGUGAUGACGAUGAAUCUGUCUCGAGAAUCAGCGAGCACUGAUGAGUAUUACGUGACGGCACUCCAAAUAUUUGAGUAUUGUGGUGCACAGAGCUCGGGUGCGCUGCACGUAGAAGCAUUGAUGGAUAAGUUUGCGCCCUUCGUCAAGACUAACAAGUCUGAAUACAACUUUCUAAAAUCACUAUUGGACCCGGAGCAGAGUAAUCCAGAGAUAAAUGUGACCAAACUAGCGAAGGCGCUGCACAAAUACAGCGAAAGUCAGAAGACCAAAGUGGAUCUUGAUGAGAGUUUUAACCUGAAGACUGGACAGACUCCGCAAGAUUCCGACUCGGGAAUAUCUACAGAUGGAUUCCAACUGCUAGAGGAGCUGCAGUGCGAGCUGCGCGAGAAGGCGCACCUGGCGGCGCAGCUGCGCAGCCAGCUCGAGUUCACCGACAAGCAGCACGAGGAGGCGCUCGCCACGCUCACCGCCGAGCGCGACUCGCUCAAGGCACAUCUCAACAUGUUACGCGACGAGAACAUGUCGCUAGUCCACGUGCGGCGCGACUACGAGGAGGCGUGCGAGCGGCUGUGCGGCAGCGAGCAGGCGCUGCACGACGCGCGCCGCGAACUCGACGCCGUCAAGCGGAGGGCGAGGGUGCUGCACGAACAGGUCGCAACACUAGAGACUGAGAAACUAACCCUCCAAGAGCUGCUGACGAAAUCCAAAGACGAAUGCCACCGCAUCAACGAGAUGUACGCGACGCGCCAGUCGGCCUUGCUGGAGGAGAAUGAGAACUUGAAGACUGACCACGCCGACCUCGCCGCGCGGUUGCAGGACCAGGAGGAAUUCAUGCAGCAGAUGAUUAAGGAAAAGGUGCUGUUAGAAAUGGAACUAAAGGACGUGUUCAACAAAUCUAACCAGACGCACCUGCGCAUGGACCGCUCCAUCGACAUCAGCUACACCGAGGAUCAGAUGCUCAGUGCACUGGACAGCCUUAAUGCUGACAGCAGAUUCUCUAGUGACCAUCAGAUCUUAGACGAAGAGUCAUUCGUAAAUGCGCUAAAAGAAGACCAAGGCCGUGCCACCAACAUGUCAUUGUUCGAUGAAAUACGCCUCAGUUUCUGUAACAUAUCGCGUCAUAACAUAAUUAAUAUCGAUAAAAAGACAGAAAGCAUCUGCGAUAUCGACACAUCGAUCGUAUCAUACGUAGCUGUAGGCGUUCAGACUGAAAAUAUCGACAUAAACAAACUUUGCGAUGUUAAGUCGAUGCAGACCGAUAUUGAACCGUAUGCCAAUAACAAUAACGUGCACGAUAGCUCUACGUGUCUCGAAUGCGUGAAGGCGAAUAAAUACACGGCGAAAUUGGAGAGGGACGUGAAACAAUCGCGACGUACGCUAAUGGACUUAGAAUCGGAACUGGUAAAGUAUGAAGAUAACCUGGAUGUGUUGCAAGAGAUCGUACAAGAUGGGAACGAUAGGAAUAAAAUACUACAAUCUUACGUGGACGGGUUACAGUCGAAAAUAGAUUUGCUGGAACAAUCGUGCGAGAGACAAAGGAGUAUGAUCGAUAGUUUGAUUUGUGAGAAAUGCUCCGCUGAAUGUCAAACUCAGUGUGAGCAAGUGUCGGUGUCGACGCAGGCGGACGCGCCGUGCGCGGAGUGCGAGCAGCGAAACCUCGCGGGCUCGCAGCGGAGCCUCAAGAAGUUCUUCUGGGAGUCAGUGAAGUGUCUGUUCCAAGUCUUCGCUGUGGUUUGCUUCAUGUGUGCCAUAUGCGUGUUGUAUUCGGUGUCGCGGCGGGCCGGAGUGGGAAGCGUGGGGGGGUGUGCGCGAGCCCUCCCCUGGCGCUGGCUGCAUGCACAAGACCUUAUGGACGUGCUCUUCAGGAUCGAGUAUGUCGCCGAUGUGCCGAUGUGAACACGGGUUUAUACUCCUGGAGUGAAGGUUGAAACGCGGACUCGCCGCCUCAGUGAUUUUAUCAAAUAUUUUUCAUUGACGACCAGUGAUAUUUUUAGAUACAAAAAACGGCAAAUGUAAAAUUUUAGAUGUACUGUUUCAUAAAUUGGUAUAUCAAAAAUUGUUAUAAAUUCUUUUCAAGAUAUAAAGAAGACGGUAUAUUAUUGCCCUUAGGCGGAAUGUCUGUCCACGUUUUUCUCCAUAAAGUAUAAAAACCUAAUCGAAGAUAACCCAGUUGAAAAAAGAGGCUCAAGUUUGAGACUAAUCGUAAAGCAAGCGGAUUUUGAUAAUCCCAGUAAGGCAUGCAAAUUAAAGCUGUUUUCAUUUUGACUAUAAACUUAUAUUAAAAUUGCCUAAUCCCAUUUUGAACGUAUGGUCACUGUUCCCAAGACUGACCGCACAAGCAUUACUGCCAAUUGCACUGUUGUGACCAUAUCGGGACAUUCUUGUAAUAAACAUAUUAAAUGACUAUUCCAUAAUAGGAAAAAUACUGUCUAAGGUAACUGCACCAGUAGUGGGCCAGUAAUAAUAUUAAAUACUGUAAUUCAAGGAAACUAGUCAGUGUCCCAUUAUUUUUUGUUAAUUAAAAUGCGGAACAUUUAGAUGACUAUAAGUACCUCGCAAGAUGCUAAUAUGAUGCUAAAGUAUGUGGAUAUAAUACCGCUAUUCUACAUGCUAAUGAUCUUAAAUUUUGCGCUUUCAUUACAUCUGUCUUUGCAUUUGUAAAACAGAACACCAAUGCGGUUAUAAAAUUGGUAGUGGCCAACAUUCAAAACAUUUUUGUCCUUAAUUGUUCACUGCUGGUGUAUUUACUCUAUAUUUGUUAAAUAUAUUAACUGUUACAAUAUACAUUCGUUUCCAUUGCAUUUUAACAAAUAUUUUUAUUAUACAAAGAGGUGCUUUUUCAGAGUUCACCUUCAUAAUUUUUGGAUUUUUCGGUUUCAUUAUUAUAGUAACUUAAUGAGAAUAAUGGCCUGUAUUUCGUUAAGCUUUAAGCAAUUAUUUUUAAUUUUAAAAUAUAAUAAAUAUGUAGCCAUGACGUUUUAGUGUAUUAUGGUUGUGUUUGCGGCUGUGGGCUACAACCAAAGUAUAAAAACUAGAAUUUAGACAUAUUCUACAUAUUCUCCACCUCUUAACUAUUUAAAAUUUUAAUUAAAAAUUAAUAUUAUUAAGUGAAUUUCCUACACUUUGUCCAAAGAAGUGUUUUAAAAAAAUGCUAUUAAUCAUACAAAUGUAUUUUUCGUUUUAAAUUUAACGUACUUUAGGCAUUUAGAUAUUUUAAAUGGUAAUAGUUUUACCAUAGUAUAGGGUGGAGAUAUCCUUUAUGGAUGUUUGUAUUAAUAUUUUCUAAGUAUGGCUACUUACAAAUAUUUUAGAAUAAAUGAAAAUCUUUAUAGAUCUGUAAUUUUGAAUAAUUUUUCAAAUAAUAAAAUUCCUUAUUGUUUUAAUUUUAUGCACGAUACCGCCUUACGUAUGAUUAUUUCUGUGUUUUAAAUCUCCUAAAUUGUUUUUUUUUUUUUCAUUUAAAAACGAAAUACCUAUUAGUUGAAACACCCUUUAGAAAUUUUAUGAAUGAGGUGGCAAAAUAUUGAAAUAAUAAAAUUGAAUUAAAAAAACUGAAUCUUAAAUGUACAAUUGUAAUAUUAUAUUAAUUAAUAAUUUUAACAACUAAUAAUUACUAUACAUAGGUUUGAAUCUAUGGUCAAAAUUUUGGAAAAAGAUUAACUGAAAAAUAUUGAUAAAAUUUUAAUUUGAAUUCGCGAAUCUGUAUAGUAUGACUUGAAUAACGAAACUGUAAUGUAAAGUCAAUUAACUGUUUUUUUUAUUUACCGACUAGUUUUGGGUCAUGACUCUCUUUAAGUUUUACUAAGAUUACCUUAUACUCUAAUUAAAAUAAAAGUUAGUUUCUAUCGGAAAUGUUAUUUAAAGCAAGCAUUUUAUCUACCUACAUCAUUUUGUUUGUAUCUAUAGUAAAUUUCUUUCUACUUAUAGUUUCACGUAUGUUGUUUAUUUUUAAUCUUAUAUCUAUAAACUAUUGUAUGUGUUCGCGUUACGUGGAUGUUAAUUGUAUCGUUUUUCUGUAAUUUUAUAUUUUCUAACUGCUGACAUUGGUUAUGAGAAUGUGUUAAUUCGUGUGCCUUUUUUAAAACUUUAUUAUGUGGGCGUACAAAAUAUUAAUCUACUUUACAUGUAAAUAGUGAAAUGUUAUUGAUUUUCAUAUUUACUUUUAAUUAGUGGUAGUGUAAGCUGACUCAGUCAACACCUUUAUGCAUCAGUCAAAGAAAGCUAUAGUAAUAUUAGUAACAAAAAAUCUGAAUAUGAUUAUUCUAUACAUAUGAGUACCCAAUAUUGCCAAGUUAGAGGUCUUUUAGUUAUUAUAUUGAGUUCUUUAGUCGUGCGCCCAUAAAACAAUUCUGUGAUAGUCUAGUGCCAGUGAAGUAAAAGUUAGUUAGCGUUUAACAGAAUAGACUAAUUAAUACUAGAAUAUGUAAAAAAGAUUUAGCUGUUUGGAAAUUUGUAAUCAAAAUUUACCAUAUUUUAUCUGUACAUUGUAUUAAAAUGUACGCUGCGUUAGUCAAUAGUAUAUGUAAGAUGUUAUGAUGGCAGCUUAGGUUUUUGUGUAUACAUUGAUUCGUUAAUAACUUAAAAGCUAUUGGAUCAUUUCUUUUCACUGAAUUAUUCUAUUUCAAAUGUUAGCAACAUUGCGACAUAAAUAGAUCCAAGUAUUUAUAUUUUAACCACUAAUUUAGUGUAGUUUUUAUUGAAAUGAUACCUGUUUUAUGCAACACCCUUUGAAUGUAUUUUAAAAUUAGUCUAAAAAUACAACAUUUAAAGGUUUUAACUUGGAAAAAAGGCUUAAAUAAUUCGAUAUUUUACUUGAGAAACAUAAUGAAUCAAUGUUUAAUGAAAAUAUAUUUUAAUGAAGACUAACAUAGCAUUUAUUACGCAUUUAUUUUAAGUUAGUACAAAAUGUUAAUGAACGUUUUUGUAUACAAUUUCCUAGUAUUACUAUAAUCUCGCGUUGACAUUCUGGUAUAUUUUGUUAGUGUAUAAUUUUCAAUGUAUCACCUAUUGUUAGUAAAAUAAAUAGAUAUUGCAAUA